AUGUUGGGAGCGAAUUCGGGUUCUCAAACUGAUACUGAGUCGUCGAACAGAAUGAAUACGGGGUCACCUUUGGAUACCGAGUCAUCGCACAUGGAAGCACCAAACACAGAAAAUGAAAUUAACCAUGAGAACGAACAGACAAAUAUGCUCACUGCUGCACCAGAUUCUAUGCUCACUCCUUCCCCGGAUUCGCAGACGGGCGGUGAUGUCGAGACCUAUCAGACAAGAAAUGAAACGGUGCCUGAACAGCCACCACUGGAUGUCGACCUGCAAAGGCCGCAUCUCAAAACGACCGAUCAGUAA